GGCGCCGCGAGAUACAGACGGAGCUCGUCUGGAGCUACGACCUCCUGCAGGACGCGCUCGAUCGCUUGCCGCCGAUGGAGAUACAGCUCGCUCUCAAGCGCAUCCCAUUGAUGGCGAAAGCGAUCCUGAGGAACGCAUUCAACAUCAGGAACCUGAUGGCGUCCACGCACCACACCUUGCUGACGUCGGAAGACGCCGCGAUCGCGGCGGCGGGCUUCACAGCGGAGAAGGCCUACGCUUUGGAGGCGCAGAAGUUGCGCGAGUUUCACGCUUCCGACCCCGCUCAACAUCGAGCCCCAGACCUGGUCACGGGGCCAGCAGUCCAGGAUGCGUGGGCCGCGACCUACACCACGAUCGAAGCGAUGCCCGUGGAGGAGCUCACGUUUCUGGUGUGCGGACGCCGCGUCUCGCAGUGCUGGAAAGAGAGCCAGGCGAAGAUCACGAUCGCUAUCGGCGAUCCCAGCAUCGAGCAGUGCUUCCUUCGGUGCGCCGAGCAGCUCGGCGCGGAGAUCAAGCCUGCCCCAGCUCCUCGUG